UGAGAUGCCUUUAUUAUUUAUUAUUCAGUCUCGUUAUACAUAGCAUCCUUUUGUGGUAUGGCGAUCACUCUAUGCUCUGUGUACGAGGUAACGCUCACUAUCGUGGCUCUAGGAAUCUCACGUAAUCGCUACUAACGCCGUAGAACUCUUCGAUUCUCUCGGUGAUAUCAAAAACAGCGCUGUGGUGUAUGUAUACUUUCCAACGAAUUUUCACUUUUUGUUCGUCUCCGCCGAUGCUUCUACUUCCCGCCCUUGUCACAUGACGCUGGAACGACUUUUCCGAAAGGAUAUUUCGUAAGCAGUUGAGAAUGAGAAACUGUCAUCAAUGUCUGUAGAAACAAGUGUGCUCAAUAAAACUCCACCAAGAGAAUCCUACUGGUUUGCACAUGGAGGAAUUGAAGAAAUAUCGCCAGGAAAUCUACAGAGUGGAUCCAACUCUGCGGGUGAUGCUAAAGAAAUUCAACUUCAGAAAGAUAAAGAGGAAAGAAUUAGGCAUUUUAGGGAACAGCAAGAAGAAGAACGUUUAAGAAAGCUGAAGGACUUAGAGCAACAAUUUCUUUUAGCUAAGAAGCAUCGCGAACAGCAAGAAGAGGAGAGGAAGCGAAAGAUAGAAGAAGCCCGCAUUAGAGAAAUGGAACGAAGGCAGCAAGUUGAAGAAAGGAAAAGGCAGAUAUGGGAAGCAGAGCAGGAAAGAAAAGAAGCAAUUCUUAGACGAAAUAUGGAAAGAGAAGCAAGGAUAGAAGCUCGUCGCAAUGCUCAGAGGAAUUCUCAGUGUUUUGCUUUUGGUAGUUCAACACCUCGGACAUUUGAUCUUGAUCUUGCAGCUAUAGGAGUAGGCAGAAAUGUGAACCAGGGUACUGUUUUGAUGUCUUCAGUCAGUGGAAGGCGGUCAGAAGAGCGAGAUUUAGGGCCACCUCGAGCAACUUCAGCCUGUAGUCUCGAUCGAAAGUUUGAAAAUGAUAUAUCUGUUGAUGACUUUUCUAAAGACUACAGAGAAUUCUUUCGAUCUUCAAGCCUCGAACCAUUUGCCGGGAGAGUUAGUAAUCUCUCUAAGCAAAUUGCUAUGCAACAUAAAAGCUCUGACAACAUGAAAGCAUGUCUGUCGAUGUGGGAUGGUGAUGUUAACAAUCAACCAGAUUUUUUUGAUAGUGUGACAUCUGGCUGGCUUGUGGGUUCUGGGGUAUUAAUUGGAGAUGAUUGUAUGUCCCGAAGUAUGGUUUCCUUAUCAUCAUCAGCUUUUCGGGGAAGAAAAAGGACCGACAUAAUGCCAACUCUGACGAGAGAGCGCAGCAUCACACCACACAUUACACCAAGAGGUAAUCAGUCCAUGAGGGCUGUCAGCAUGACCCGACUUGAUCAAUUGGCACAGCCACGGCGAACCUACCGUGACCUCAGAAACCAUGCGACAGGCACCACCACUAUGAAUGGAGGCCCAAGGACUGUUUCACCCAGUAUGAGCAAAAGCAUGUGCAAUCUUGCUAAUUCUGCAGCUGCUAGCAGGGGAGCACGUGCACCUGUUGCUCAACAGCAUGGCAGUGGUAACAUGUCCCAAAGCAUGAUGCAUUUGGCUGAUAUAUCUUCUCAAAAGGAUAAUCGUCGUUUGACACCUUCCCCAACUUUUCCUAAAAGUAGCAUGCGAUCAGCUCAGAGUAUGAUGCAUUUAGCUGCUGCACCGAGACUUACUAGGGCUGCUCGUUUGAGAGCUCAAGCUCUGGCAGGAAAUCGGGCAGCAUCUGCAUGGAAUUUGAACAAACCAGACAGUUAUGCACCUGGACAUUAUCUAUCGCCAGGCAAAGAUGCAUCACGUUCCCCCUCACGGCCUCAAAGCUCAAUGUCUGGAGCCUCCGAAAUUAGUGCAACUUCCAGUAGUGUCUCCACUGUGAAUAUGAGGCCUCGAGUGGCUCCAAGGCGCCCACGACCUUAUAGCAUAGCCGGUUCAACAGCUGAUAGAACUUCUAUGACUUCUACAUCAAUAAAAAAAGAGGUUGAAAGGCCACCUACAGCAACUAGAAAAGACCCUGAAAGGCCCUCAAGAUCCAUCGAUAAAAAUGUGCUGAACACUGUUCAGAAACCCCAAAGGGCAAAAAGUGCAAGCAAGGAAAAAGAUGAGGCCCAAAAUACCAGGCCGUCGAUGCCUAAAAAGCCAGUUCCACCACCUAAAUCAUUGGAAGUUCUAGCUAGAGCUAAAUCACAUCCAGUACCUAUUAAAGAUAACUUAAGAAAGAAUGUGAAACCUAAUGCAGGUGUUAAUAAUCCUGCCCUUGGUGCCACAAAACCACAUACAGAUAUGAAAGGUAAAAGUCCUGAAAUUGAACAUAUCAAACCUUCUAUAAUGAAAUCUGAAUCUGAAACAAAAUCUUUAGCUCCAGAAAUGAAAAAGAACUCACCUGUUACUUCACCUACAACAGAUUCAGAGAUAUGCAUAAGUUCUGAUGACUCAAAAGUAAGUGCUGUGACAGAAUCUGAAGUGAACACAAUGACUCAAUCAGCGACUGAUUCUGAAUGGAGACUAGAGACUUCUGAAAUUUCAUCGUUAUCUAAAUCCUCAAGUAUUCCUGUGGCAGAUCAAAAUAAUCUUGCCAGUGAAGUAGAUAAAAGUGACAGCAUUCCAAACAUUCCAAAAGAGCCUAUUAAAGCUGAAAAAGAAUCAAACAUUGUAACUACAGAAAAUUUAGAAACACAUGUAGCUACAGAAGUGUCAGAGAAAUAUGCAACCACAGGAGAGUCAGAAAAAUGUUUAUCCACGAAAGAGCCAAGCAAGCAUGAACACAUGAAACAAACAAAAGUAUCAGAGAAACGCGUAUCUACAGAAGAGUCAGAGAGACGCGAGAAUGUUGAAAAUGAAAAUGUUAAUACCAAGGAAUUUAUACCAUCAAAACCUAGAAUAACAUCGGAAGAAGAAGCAAAAGCAGCAUUGGCUGAAAAACGUAGAUUAGCUAGAGAACAAGCUGAGAGGGAAGCUGAGUUAGAGAGGCAGAGGCUUGAAGAAAUAAGGAGAAAAGAGGAAGAACAAAGAAGACUUGAAGAACUAGAACAGAAGCGAAUGGAAGAAGAACAGAUACGAUUGGCUGAAUUACACAGACAGUUAGAAGAAGAAAAGCUUCGAAAGGCUAUUGAAGAACAGAAACAGAGAGAAAGAGAGGAGCAAGAGAGAAAGGAAGAAGAAGCUCGACAGAAAGCUGAAAAAGAAGAACAAGAAAGGAAAGCUCGAGAGGAAGCUGAAAGGCAAAGGAUUGAACUGGAAGAAAGACUGAAAAAGGAAGAAGAAGAAAGAGCUGAAAGGAAAAGGCGUGUUGAGCAAAUAAUGGCUCGCACAAGAGCAAAAGCUGCUGCAUCUUCAAGUAACUCUCAAAAUGAAAACAUUGUGAAGUCUACAAAAGCUGCCGAAAUGAGUAGUUCUGCCACUUCCAUAGAGGCUUCUAAACAGAACAUCUUGCCACAAGCAAAUAACAUAGUAAAUAUUUCCAAUGGAGGUUUCGAAACGAAAGUGGAAAAUAGUUCAGUCUCCUUCAGUGCCACAACAAAUCACGUUUCCAAUUCCAGUUCAUGGCCAUUUUCAGAUGAGAACAGAAUAUCUCAUAAAGAAGCACUUCCAGAUUUACUUAAUACAGAAAAUAUUAGUAACCAUUCUAAUAAAAGUAAUGGCUUCUGUGUUGGACGUAGUGAACAGUUGGUAUCAAAUAGUAGUGUGUCAAAUAGUUUUAAGAUAACUUCAAACAGAACUUUGAGUGCCAAUGAAGUUACAUCUCCAUCACAAACUAAUGGCUAUAGCAGCCAUGAAGAAAUGAGUUGUACCACUAGUCCUGAAGAGAUGUCAAAUGCCGGCCUGUUAAUCAGCAUUGAAACCAGUCAAUCUAAAAGUAAUAAAGUCUCUCAAGACAGUACAGAUUUCACAAAGCUGGUGGACAUAGAACCUUCUUCCUUAGAUAAUAAUGUUAAUAACGAAAACUAUCUGAUUAAUGUUGAUGAUGUCAAUUCCAACCUUUUAAAUUCAGAAAAUCCAUUUAUGACUUUCGAAGAUAGUUUAUCAAAAAAGCAGGAAUCACCAUUCACAGAUCUUCUUUCUUAACCUUGUGUGAUUAUUUGGAGACUUAAAAGGGUGAAAACUUUCGUGGGAAAUUUUCAGCUUAUCUCUUAGUAAAAUUUAAUUCUUGUGAUGGAGCUUCAUGGUGGAUCUUCAUUGCAGUAAUUGUAUAGAUCUAAUUUUCCUCAUAUUAAUUUUAUUCUCUGAACUUCUCAUUCUUGAGUAUCUUAGAAGUUCUGGUCAUCAGUUAAGUGUUUCUUGAUGCCAGAUGAAAACUCUAAGAGCAAAAUAUAUGCCAUAAGAGUAAAUACUAAUACUGAGCAUUUUAUUUAAAAUUGUGUAAGGUUUGUUGGAAUAGUUAAUAAGAUUUAUUGCAACUAAAUAUGUUUUUCAUUUAUUCAAACUAACGGUCACUAUACGACAAAGACCAAAGACUGUGUCUUGAUGGUCUGUAUUAAUUUAUAUUAAUAACAUGUACAUAAGAAUGUUGCUGUAGUUAUAAAAUGUCUGUGUAACUGAUAAUAAUGCAUUUUUUCAUUACACAGGUUCACAGUUGCUGAUAUAAGCAAAAUUAUGUGAUAAAAUUUUUAAUCAUUAGUAUACUUAAAAAAUAUAAAUAUUCAAUAUUUAAUUUUACUAGAAUUAAUUUAUUUGAAUUCCUGACCUGUUAGAAUAUUCUUAAAUUUGAUUCAUAUAUAUUAAAAAUUUAAAUAUAUAUUAUUUAUUUUGUAUAGAACUCAUUUAGAAAAUGUAGUUUGGAAGUACUUAUUUGCCACUUGAAAAUUUAUCCAUCCGUUUAUUGUUUCAUUUGUGAUUUUUUUUAUGUAAUUAAUUGAAUUGCAAAUUUGUUUUGAAACUUGUUACGACUGUCCAUCUACAUUACUCACUGUUGAAAUGAUUGAAAGACUAAUUUGUGAUGAAUUACUAUGAAUAUGUAUAAAAAAUUAAAUAGUUUUAACUUUA